UGUACAUGCGUAUAUCGCCUAGGCUGGCCAGGUGGGCAAGAGUCGUGGUAAGAAAGGCAUGGGGUACGAGAAUGACACAAAAUGAAACCGAAAUUGGCCAUUUAAACCCUGAUUUUUGACUCGGAUUAUUAUCCCGAAGGAUAGCUGCAUCCUCCAAGAAAAGAUGCCUUUCGUCAGCCGGCGAGUGGAGCCUCUGUACCUGAGCAACAGAACCCUGCCGAACGGAUGUAGUACGGAACUGGAAAAUGUCGCCAACAACACGCUGGCCAACUUGGUACGGCAACUGGCCAACAUCGCCGACCAUGCCACCGGUAUUUUCGACGGGAUUUGCUCCGAGGCCAGGGACAUUUACGACCGCUCGUGUCGGCUGAGAAACCGUGCCGAAACCCUGGUGGAAUAUAUGAACAGUUUGGAUGCUAGAUCUGUGGAAGUUCCUGUAUCUACCCUAAGUGACUUCAAGAGCCUGACAGACCACUUUCGCUACCGUUCCCCGGUCCAAGAAAAUCUCAUCACCCCAGUUUCCAGACCUCAGUGCAUAGAGCUCCAGUACCGUAAAGCCAGCACAGAUCUUAAGGACAUCUUUGAGAAGUUGAGGGAAUACCACGAGGAUGAAGUCACCGUUUGCAAUCUGUGCCAGAGCAUUUCUCUGUCCAGACUCAACUGUGAUACGGACUCAUCCGAGUAUGACAUUGAGUUCCCUAGACCUACUGUCUAUGAUUCCAACGAGCAGAGAAGACGUAAACCCCUCCUCCCUUACACCAAGCUCCCAGCACGCCCCCGGUCAGAGGGCGAUCUCUUGGACGAUUAUGUCCCUCCGAACCGAGGUACCCUCCCGACCCCGGAAGAGGUCAUGCGUCGGAACGUCACCCAGUCCAUGGUCAUUAACGUUGACACGUCAGGCACAGGCUUUGAGCGGAUGCAGACCUUUCGCCGGUCCCUCACCUCCAUGGGACGGAAACUGGAGAAGGCGAAGAAGAAGCGAUGGAGGAGGACCAUCUCGGGAAUCCCCGAUGAGGUCCAGGCAGAGCUCCAGACAGAGUCUGCCGGGGAAGGGGAUGGCAGGUCCACGGACCAGGAGAAUGACGUGGAUAUCCUUAAGACCAUGAGCCUGGACCGUCGGGCCUUCCGGCAGGUCAAACCGGUUGAGUCUCCGGCAGCAGGCCUUGCAGUGGUCACCCCGAUCAGGACGCGACGCCGGCCCAGGUCACUGCGUCUGCCCGGACCCCUCGUCUUCCCUGGUCUCCAACAGUGGAGGGAGAAUCAUCACCAGUCCAAGCAGGAUAAGAAGCAGGAAGCCAAGGCUGGUGGCAGGGAUAGGCACUCGGUGGCAUUGCCUGUUCAAACCAAUGUCCCUACUCCAAGUCCAAGCCAAGGUUACUCCUCAUGCUCUGAUGACAAGGCCUGGCCUGGACCAGCCCACAGACGCCCCCAAUCUCUAGCUUUACCUCCUGGUACAGCCCCUCAAUCUCAAGCCCCCCUGUUACCGCUGUCCCCUGCCCAACCAUCCAACAAAAAACUCUAUGUGACCUCCAACAGAACUGUGCCCAAUGCAUUCAUUCCAACCAAGUCAGUUACGAUGACGAUCAACAUGCGAAAACCUGCGGCAGGAAGUGGGGAUGCCCCAGACGGCCUCCCGCUAAAUGAACUCCAGGCACGCCUCCCCUCCACAAAGGUCAAAUUACGGAACACUAAACCAACAGCCAAAAGGGAGGAACGGCAGUCCAGUUCUGGUAACUGGAGUGGAACAGACAGUGCAAGGACGUCCAUGAACUCUGACAUCGGGAAUUCUCUGAACUACGACUUCUCGAGCUCCAACACAACAUCCCCUUCAGACUCUGCUGUGUCCCUGUCCAGUGAGAACAUAUCGUUUCCCAAGUUUAAUGGGGGCUUGAAGGGUCUGGACCGCAAGCACAGCCGAGGAAAAUCGGACCGUCCGGGUAAUCACACUUAUGCCUCCACGGGAGAAUCCAGCAGUGAAUCGUCGACCCCUACCAACAGUCCUAAUGUUGUCCACAGCGGUUUCACGCACAUGGACACGGACUCCUGGUUGCAGAGUGUAGGAGCAGCGACUGUUCGGAGAAUGCCCCCAGAAGCUGGGAACGUUGCCCCUGCCAGGAAGUCCCCCAAAGGGCAGUGUGAGGUCAUCUUCACCUCAGACACACUCUCUGAUUCCUCCUCUUCAUCAGAGAACCCAGCCAGCUCCUCGGCCAUGUCUGACAACAGCAGCAUAGACCUGGAGGUCUACCUUGCUGACGUCAACAGUGACUUUGUUGACUCUGACAGCACCUCAGGUCACUCUGUGGAUCACGAGGGAUACUGGACGUCCAUGCACUCGGACUGUGGCCUUCCAAGUCGUCGCAUCAAGAAGCGCAAAUCAAGUCUCACCAAGGAGCCUGUACCAAUAAACCUAAAAAAUGAACCUCCAUUUGUUCAGCCUAAACCCAAAAGGACCUCAUUGGCCGUUGCUGCACCUGUGGUGCCAGUAUCAACCAAUCAGAAGAAGAGACCACCCCCUCCGCCAAUUCGAAUAAAUUCUGUUUCUUUGGAUCACUCACUCGGCACCCGGCAAAAGGACAGAACUCAAAUUGAAGUGGGAGGGCGUAAAUCCUUGAGUCUAUUGCUACCAUCAUCCCAUCAAGAUGAUGACCGUAGCAUCUCACCAUCCUCCCUCACGGACACUGCCUCAGAGGCCAGCACCAUCGGCAGUGACACAACUACCACCCCCACACUGACCCCUGUUCAGACUCCCACGGACCCGGCCAUGUACAAGCUGUGCUUUGGUGGUAGCUCUAAAUCCCUGGAGAGCUUGGACAGUCAGUUGAGCGGCUCCCAGGGAACUCAACCCUGUAGGGUUGAUGCCUGGACCACGGAGGUAUCUAAGGGCUUCGCAGGUAAUCAACAGGCUGCUACCUCCUCAGGAGCUGUCGUUAGUGUGUCAAACGUCACUGUGAGCACUUCUACCUCAAUGGCUCCCUUUCAGGAACAAGCUUCAGUGGCAAAGUUCAGACCUCAGGUCAUCCAACCCUCCAGCUCAGUCCUUCCCAGAGUGUCACAGGCUCAGCCUCUGAGUUUGCCCCAGCCGACUGUCACCCAGGAUUCCCCCACCCAUGAGGGCAAAAUCAAGAUGCUGAACGCACGCGACAAGUUCUUUGGAAUUUCACGAGCUGAGAGUACUGUCAACCAUGGCAUUGCCAGUGAUGCAACAAAGGGGGUCACAAACUCUGAAGAGCAAAGUUUACAGGACGAGGCUUUGGAGAACGAGGAGAUAGUGUCUCCCAUUGGUGUGUACCCUGAGAAUUACAACACUUUGAAGCGGAGGCCAAAACAUGAAACAGACGCUUUGAAGAAAUCAGCUGGAAAGCAGAAUCAAGAGAGCAGUAAAACUGUUUCUGAAGACAUGCCAGUUUCCAAGGGAUUCUUUUCUGAUGAACUAUCAGAGGCUAGUACACCUGAAGGAAUUACAGUAGCUUCGCAGGCUAAGAAAGGAAUGGAUACCCUUCAACGCAAACGUUUCCAGGACUAUGUCAGCAGCGUUCAAAACCAGGCACCCCAGAACUAUAACUCUAUCAACAGCCUGAAAGAAUCAGCGUCUGGGAAUGGGACUCAGGCUCUGACUCGGGAGCAGAGGGAAGAGAUUUUGAACAUGUUGCGGAGAACCAAGAACAACAAAGUGGCAAGCUCUCCAACAUUGCCGGAACCAAGCAGCAAGAAAUUUGAGGAUCCUCCCAAACACGAAUUGGGAAGAAUUCAUGAGAAUGUGGCAGUCCAGGAGCAGGUGCAUAAUCGCGAUGAGGAAUCAGGCGGGAAGGCAUCAUUCAGGAGUACCUAUCACGUCAGUGUGGAGUCUGAGAACCUGGACCCAGACCUUGCUAUCAUACGAGCAGCUGAGCAGAUGGAACAACAGUUGCUGCAAAAGAGGCAAAGAGCCAAUGCACCCUCUCCAGUACAGACACAGGGCGACAACAUCUGGGUGCCGAAUGCCCAACCUUUCAGCAGGAACAGCAUAGCCUACCGUUCAAUGUAUGACUCGGACAUGUGUGGCAAUUCGUUCAGCCAUGUCCCUUCCAUGGACAUGGAUGACUCCUACGUCUAUGAUCCCAACCUAAGACCAAAGAGCUCCAUCCUCAAGGUGAGGAAGCAAGGAGAUGCGUCCCUCAACGAGACCAAAUCCAAUGGGACGAAGCAUCUGUUCACGCCAUCUGGCAGACAUGGUCAAACCAUGAGCCCAACAGACUCGGUGAGUUCCCUGAACUCAAUACGAAGCAUCACAUUCUCUGAUAUGGUAGAUGUUGAGCAUACACCUGUCAAGAUAUGCCUCUUGUCUGGAAAGCCGCAAACUCCCAUGGAUGAUUUCAAAAUGCUUCUUCAGCAACAAUCGAAUUCCCGCAAGGGUCAAUCAGCAUGCUCUGCUCUCAAUGUGCAGCCGAAAUCACAGAGACCAUCCAACAAUGCAGAGCUGCUUUACUCUGGAAUUAGGACAGGUACCAUCCAGGAAGAAGGUGCCAAAGCACAGGAGAGUAGCCCAGACAGCAGGAAAAUUGUAACAAUGAAGGAUUUGAGGUCGGCCAUGGCUAACCCACGGACUAACUCAAGAACAGGAGAUCUUGGUCUUCCCUAUGAGGAAUUGCAAACUCAGAACAGACAGAGGAGCCCGAAGAACAGUCCCUCCCCAAGUCCAAAUGGCACUCUGAACAGAGAAGACAAAGGGGUCAAAUUUGAUUUUGAACAGCCGCAAUAUGUGGCUUCAAAUGCAACUGCUGGAAAUAGUGUGGAUACUGGAAGAGGUACGAGCCUUCCAAAUGGGAAUGUGACUGAUGCUGACAAAAGCAGGCAAUUGUUGAAAACAGGAGCAAGCAACCAGGGAAACUCAAGACACCCGAAUGAACAAAAAAGUAACAAAACUGUGUCGAAAAGUCCUUCAGGAUCCGAUGCUCAGCAGACAUCCAGUAAAGUCAGUGCUAUCAAACCCAAGUCUAAGUCCACUACUCCAGGUAACAAAAGUCAAGACAGUUUGCCAAAACAGGCACAAAGUGCCAAGAGUCCGCCGGACCUAAUCUCGAGAAUCCUGCCUCGCAUGACAGAGUCUGCCUCGGACUCCAUCCUGUCCCGCAAGGACCUGAUGGAUGAGAUACGGCAGCGGGGCACUCGGCGAGACUCCCGUCAGGAGGCCGUGUCCGAGCUGGAGACUCAGCAGCUGCAGCGCAAGCUGAGUGCCUCCUCCAUGCCCACCCUGAUGACAAGCAGCACUGCCCAGCCCUCCAGACGCAGCAAGGGGCUGGGCUCCUUACUGGAUAGUAUGAAGACUGCCCUCAAGAGCAUGGCAGUGGCUAGUCCCGCUGGGGAAGGGGAGCACGAGAACGACAGCGGUGCCUGGGAGUAGACUACCAGGUUUGGCUAAGCAAAGCAGGAUAUGUAAGGUCUGGAUGAUAUAGCUCUUAAGAGCGCUACAUACAUUGUACAUGUACAUCUUGGAAUUUUUUUUAGCAUCAUUUCCCCUGCAAAAGUGGAUCAUCCGCAUUAUUUGUCAGUGAUGUUAAUGCAUUUCAGUUGACACAGUGACUCACGUACUGCACCUGCUGUUGAAAAUCAUGGUUUGGAGCUCCCAUGGAGAAGCAGGUCAUGUCUUAGUGAUUUUUCUCGUUUAUUUAUCAUUAUUAACCAAAACGGUAACGACAAUUUCAUGAAGUAGACCUACUUGUAUAAGUUCUCGUACAGCUUUUGUUUGUACAUGUACAUGCAUUAACAGUACUGUCUUUAAAGUAUUCUACAUGUGUAUACAGUGGCAUUGCCUGGACUAAAUCAGUACUGAGAGAAUUUUUU